AUUAGCAGCAAAGAAGCUGUUCGGGGGACUAAAAGCAUCAUGUAAAAGUUCCUCUCAGAAUCGCACUUUGCGCGCAUUUUGGAGAUGAAUGAAGCAGCGAUUUCAAUUAUGCUCAUAAGUGGUUUUCUUGAAAUUGAAAUUUCAAACAAAUAGGAUUGAACGAUUUAAAAAAGAAAUCCCAGAUUUUGUAUCUUUAACAGAAAAAUUGGAAUUUUUAAUUUUAUGGUGUGGUUACAAAUCAGCUGAAUUUUAAAGGAUUGAAAUGAUUUGACUAUCACCAUUAGCGAUUGCAUCUUGACUGCUUCUUUAAUUGCUGCACAAUAUCAGCAAAGCAUUUAUGAGAUACGUUAUUAUGCCAAAGAAAUCAUCUCUAUCUUAGUAAAAUUAGAUAUUGUAGGAAAAUCAGAAGUCAUCAAUAAAUAAUUUAUAUCAUGAUAGCCAGAAUAGAAAGAAGGAAUUGAAUUCGCACAUGCAUUAAAAAUUUCCGUUUUCAUAAGCAAUUGGAUAUACUGAAAUACAAAGGUGGGCCUUAGAAAUGGUGUCAUUAUCUAAGUAAUUCGUGGUUGUCAUCUGUUACAAUAUGUUGAUUUUUCGCUAAAAAAGUGGCCGUGGAAGAUUGGCGUUUAUUUUAAUUGCAAUGAAAGUAUAAGUUAUAGAGUUGAACGUACUGAAUAGUUUGUUUUACAAUCGUGUAGUUCAGAAAUUAUAGGAUUAACUGUAGGGAAGCAACAAUAUCAAGACUUUUAUUCUAUUUAAACAAAAUUGCAAACAAAUUUGCAGAAAAUCCUUUAUUUAAAUGUCGCCAUAUAAUGCCUAUUCAUCUUCAUUGUCAUCAUCAAGAUUAUCGACAUAUUCUCCUUCCACAAGAAGCUAUUCAGGAAGUAAUACCUACAGUACUCUUUCCAGUACAUCAAGUUACAGAUACAAACCUCCCCUUUUCAGUUCAACAUUAUCUUCCUCAAAGUACAGAUCAUCCUUUUCUUCCCCAAGUACCUACGUACCAAGUACUCUGACCAGAAACGUGUCGUCUUCUAGCUUAACAUCACAUGUACCGAAAUUCACUUCCGUAAGCAGCUACACAAGUGCAAUUUUGAAUACAAGUGAUUAUAAAUGGCGAUCUCCAACUUCAUCUACUACCACUAGCAAUGAUUUGGCCUGGAAAAGUCCUUCUCUAUCCAGGAGAAAUUCUUCAUCAUCUUUAUCAUCUCACACUCCAGAGAGGAGUUCUAGACUCUCCUUGCCAGCUUACACAUCAUCUAUAGAUAAGACGCCUUCGUACAAAGCCAGUUCCUGGUCAUGUGAUAAAACCGAUGAUGCAGAUGACAGAAAAGGAGUGCGAGUUGGAUUAAAUAAUCUAGGAAAUACAUGCUUUAUGAAUGCUGUUUUGCAAUGCUUAUGCCACACGCAGCCUCUAGUUGAUUAUUGCACAAGAGGGACAUAUCUGUCAGAUAUCAAUCACAGAAGUCCUACACACGGUGAUUUAGUUAAAGUAUUCGCUGAAUUCGUGAAAAAAAUAUCCGACUCGAAAUCGAAAGCAGCUAUAAGCCCAUAUCAACUUCGAUCAGAAGUUCAACGAUAUGCUCCUCGGUUUUACGGGGAUAGUCAGCAAGAUGCGCAGGAAUUUUUGAGAUACCUUUUGCAAGGUCUACAUGACGAUAUUAACAGAGUGAAAAGCAAGCCAUCUCUCAUGGGCGAUUAUGGAGGUGAUGCCUUCAAGACAUGGAGAAAAUAUAGGGAUACAGAUGAUAGUUUAAUAGUGGAUUUAUUCGCCGGCCAGUUAAAGAGUACUUUGAAAUGUAUGACAUGUAACAAUGAUUCCAUUACUUAUGAUCCGUUCUGGGAUCUCUCUUUGCCUAUUCCAGAGGGAUACAGAAAUACCUCUUUAAGGCAAUGCUUCAAUCUGUUUUCUUCUCCGGAAAUUUUGGAUGGAACAAACAGACCUUACUGUGAAGUUUGUAAAAAGAAAACCAGAUCCAGUAAGAAAAUCGAAGUCAACAAAUUUCCAAGAGUUCUAGUCAUUCAUCUUAAGCGUUUUUCUGCGAGUUCCUACGGACAAAAACUAAAUAUGAUGAUUGAGUGUCCACUGAUUCUGGGAAAUAUUUCAGAAUUUGCAGCUCAGAAUUCCAUAGGAGAUGGUUGCUCGUAUGUUUUAUAUGGAGUAGUAGAUCAUGAUGGAACAAACAAUUCUGGUCAUUACAUAGCAAAAUGUCGAAAUCCUUUCACGAAAGAAUGGAAUGAAUUCAACGACUCCAGGGUGACGAAGGCAUCGAGUGUUGUGACAAACAAGAGCUAUAUUUUAUUUUAUAUUCAAGAAGGGAGCUCUCAUUUUUGAAGUCUCUGAAUAAUAGAGAGACUUAUGUAUAUACAUGAUGUGCUUUUUCUUGCAAUGAACUGUAAAAAACACCCCCACUUUUUGAUGUGAUAUUUUGUGUUGAAUAUUAAACAUAAAUUAUUCUAACAACUGCACGACUGAACGAUUUUAAUAAUAAAAAGAAUUAUUUGAAUAA